CAAAAACACUUACAACAACAAAGGGAAUUCACAUUCACAGAGAAUAAUAAAAAUAAAAAUAAAUCAGAAAAAUGAGCAGCAGCGCAGCGAAAAGACACUGGAAGAAAGCAGCUAAUGUAACACGCGCUCUCUUUUUCAAUCGUUUCAACACCUCCAAAUGUAAGACGGCGGCGAAGCUGGGGGUAGCUAGGAUAAAGCUGCUGAGGAAUAAGAGACAGGUGGUGGUUAGACAAAUGAGACGUGAUAUCGCAUUGUUACUUCAGUCUGGUCAAGACGCUACUGCUCGUAUUCGGGUUGAGCAUGUGAUGAGAGAACAGAAUAUCCUGGCAGCUAACGAGUUUAUUGAGCUCUUCUGUGAACUAAUUGUGCAAAGACUUACAAUUAUUGCAAAACAAAGGGAGUGCCCAGCAGAUUUGAAAGAAGGGAUAUCGAGUUUGAUUUUUGCAGCUCCCAGAUGUUCUGAGAUUCCAGAAUUGGUUGCACUUAGGGAUAUUUUUGAGAAGAAAUAUGGCAAAGAUUUUGUUAGUGCAGCUACUGAUCUACGACCUGAUUGUGGGGUUAAUCGAAUGCUUAUCGACAAGCUCUCUGUUAGAACCCCUGCUGGUGAAGUGAAAUUGAAAAUCCUAAAGGAAAUAGCCAAAGAAUAUCAAAUCGAAUGGGACACAACAGAAUCUGAAACAGAACUUCUCAAGCCAGCUGAAAAGCUUAUUGACGGGCCACAGGCCUUUGUGAGUGCUUCUACCAUGCCUGUCAAGCCUACACCGCAGCAAUAUGUUCAACCAGACAACCCACCAUCACGCAGAUAUUCGAGCAAUAGUCAACACGUGAUGCAUUUUGAUGACACAAAGUCAGCUGCUGAAGCUGCUGCUGAGUCAGCUAAGAUGGCAAUUGCUGCCGCAGAAGCUGCUGCAUACUUGGCAAGCAAAGACUUGAAUCAGUCAACUCAACCACAUGAGUCUAUAAAUAAUUCCAGAAAUACCACCAACUAUGACUCAAUUUCUAGCAAUCCUUCCAUCCAAAAGAAUUCUGGUGGGUCACAUAUCUCAUCAGACAGUGCAAAGGCUCAAAGGAGAUACAGUUACAAUGCAUCUGGUGUCAAGUUUGAUGACUCUGAUUGUGAUGAGGAACCCGAGAUUGAUUAUAACAAGAUGUGUCAAGAGCCUACAAGAAGACACACAUACGGUGCACCUCCUCCAGUUUCAUCUGUAAAGUUUGAUGAAUCUGAGUCUGACUAUGAUGAAGAGAUUGAGAUGGAUCAUGACUACGACCGUUCUAGUGGAAUGAACCAUGGUCCACCAAACCGGCCUGCACCCCCUGCACCUUCUGUGAAACAAAGUCAGCGAGUUCAUCCAAAACUGCCAGAUUAUGACACCCUUGCUGCUCGUUUUGAAGCUCUCAAGCAUCACAAAUCGUAGUCCAAGAAGAUAGUCAAUGGUGAACUUUUUGGUCAAUAUUAUGUUAGUAUGAUGUCAAAUCUGGGUAUAUGGGUCGGUAAAGCUUGUUGUUCGAAGUGCAUACUACGUUAUGGCAACUUCUUUUGAUACUCAUCAUUCGUUUAUUCAUAAUAGCCUCAGGUUGGCAAAAUAGGUAAACUUGUCGGUAUAUGUUCUCAUUUUCUGCCACAUAUUUUUGUAUAAAUGGAGUUAUCGAUCACAUAUUAUAUUGUUAUAAUCA